AUGUCUGCAAUCGGCUCCCUCGUCUUCUGCACCGACUGCGGUAACUUGUUGGACGGAAGUGCUGGCAAGAAAAAUGCCAUCUUGACUUGCGCAAUUUGUGGCGCGUCCUGCAAAGAUACAUCUUCGAAGACAGUUGUGACGCAGUCUAAGCCCACAGCAUUUCCAUCAGCUCUCCGCGCUAAGCGAUCUGAGGUUCAAGUUAUUGUGGAAGGAGACAUUCAGACCACCAGCGAGAUCGAUCAUCCUUGCGACGAGUGUGGUCGACCAAAAGUUCGUUACUACACACAGCAACUUCGAAGCGCCGAUGAAGGCUCGACGGUGUUUUACGAGUGCGAAUGUGGUCACAAGUGGAACAUCAAUAACUGA